ACCGUAGCAACCACAAACACACUGUUACAGCUAGGAGGCUGCAAACUAGUGUUAACAGCUUCAGAUUAUUAUAAUCAGUACUUGUAUAUGAGCUAACAGAGAUGGACUCCAGCACUUUGAUGUAUUCAUUGGAUUUAGUGUGUGGGAACGGGCUGACCCUGAGCACCGAGCAGAAGGCAGCUCUGCACACCUCUCUGCUCAUUCUGAAGAGAAAUUACAAAUUCAACCGAGUCCUGUUUUGGGGGAAAAUCCUGGGAAUUAAAAAGGAUUAUUUCAUUGCUCAGGGGGUUGGAGAAGAUGAAAUGAGGGACAGGAAGUGUUUAUACAGUUUUAACUGCAUGGAUUGGCACUUGCUCCCUCUCGCCACCGAGGCCCUGACAGCAGAGGUGGCUGUAGCAGCUCGGGGACGUUUUAUGGGCGAACCAUCACAUGAAUACCAGCACACUGUGAUACGGCACCAAGGAGAAGGAGAUAAUGCUGUGGAGGAAGAAGUCAUGGUGAAAGUGAGUGAAGAGAAGAGGCUAGCUGUGACUGUCUUUACCAUCAAUAAUGAGGUGGCUGUUGUACCACGUGGCGCAUACAUUAAGAGCCCUAAUGGCAUUGUACAGACGAACCGCAGCUUUGAGGGCCUGAACCCCACAGAGGCAGGAAAGUUGAACAAUUAUUUACACUUCUCUGAGCCCAAGAACCUGAAGAAGAAGUCCAUUUUGGAACUGGCUGAUCUGAAUCCUUCCAUUGACUUCUUGGAUCCUCUAAUCGAUGACAUUCCCAAAGAAAUCAAGAUUCAUCAGACCAGGCUAUGUUUCUCCAGUCUUCAUCUGUACAGUUUUGGUGAGCCUGUGCCCGCUGUACCCUCAGCUUUCUGUUCUUGUCUGACAGAAGUGGAACCUGAUGUGGUCUUCUGCUGUUGUAACCCAUCUACCUCAAGGUUCAAUGUGUUGUGCAUUCUGAGAUGCUUUUUUGCUCACCAUAAUUAUACAGAGUGGUCAUCUGAGUUACUGUAGCCUUUCUGUCAGCUCAAACCAGUCUGGCUAUUCUCUGUUGUCCUCUCUCAUCAACAAUGCAUUUCCACCUGUAGGACUGAUGCUCACUGGAUGUUUUUUCUUUAUUGCACCAUUCUAGGUAAACUCUAUAGACUGUUGUGUGUGAAAAUCCCAGGAGAUCAGCAGUUAAGGAAAUACUCAAACCAUCCGUUUGGCACCAACAAACAUGCCAAGAUCAACAUCAUAGAGAUCACAUUUUUUCCCUAUUCUGCCAGCCCGUAUCUGCAUGAUUUUACACAUUGCACUGCUGCCACACGAUUGGCUGAUUACAUAAUUGCACAAAUGAGUAGGUGUACAGGUGUUCCUAAUAAACUGUUCUGUGAGUGAAUUUAAUAAUGCAAAAUUAGGGUAGGUAAUGUUUAUUUUACAUGUGGCAUUCAUUUUUAAGGGUUACUCUGGCAAUACGUCAGCCAGAGCCUGUGUACAUGGCAUACACAUAAAAAAAAUUACUCCUUACAAAAAAAUAAAUAAAUUCACACUCAACCUGAAAAGACUUUCCACCUUGGAUUUCUCCUUUUAUUUAUUUAUUUAUUUAUUAUUUAUUUAUACUUUGACCAAAAUGCAU